CCGAGGUGACGUCACGCCGGCCGUACUACAUUUCUCCCGCGCCCCGGCCCGCUUUCUCCGUCUUUCAUGCUGCGGUUGCUGGAGAGAAACAUGAAGGUGAUCUUUGCCGCUGCCCUGAUUGCGGGCUCCGUCAUCUUCCUGCUAUUCCCCGGCGCUUCCGAGGCCGACGAGAAGAAGAAGGGCCCUAAGGUCACCCACAAGGUGUUCUUUGAUAUUAACAUUGGAGAUGAGCCUGCCGGGCGUUUAGUGAUUGGCCUUUUUGCCAAAACUGUUCCCAAAACUGUCGAAAAUUUUGUAGCACUGGCAACUGGGGAGAAAGGGUUUGGCUAUAAAGGCAGCAAGUUCCACCGUGUGAUAAAGGACUUCAUGAUUCAGGGUGGUGAUUUUACAAGGGGAGAUGGAACUGGAGGUAAAAGCAUCUAUGGGGAUAAGUUCCCUGAUGAGAACUUUAAACUGAAGCACUACGGUCCCUAUUGGGUGAGCAUGGCCAACGCUGGCAAGGACACAAACGGCUCACAGUUUUUCAUCACCAUCGUUAAAACUUCUUGGCUCGAUGGAAAACAUGUGGUGUUUGGUAAAAUCUUGGAAGGAGAGGAUGUGGUAAUAAAAAUUGGAACCACCAAGACAGAUGCACGAGACAAGCCUCUUAAAGAUGUGGUAAUUGUGGACUGUGGAACGAUUGAGGUGGAUAAGCCAUUUGGAAUUGCCAAAGAGUAAUAAAAUGGCAGCGCCCACAUGACCAGGAAAUUCAUCACUGGAUAAAUCGGAGCUUGAAAAAUUUAACCAAUUGCCUUUUGUUCCAUAAUGAUUGACAAAGAGCUCUCUGCAACUUAUACAGGCUCAGAACUGAUUUAAAGUGACCAAAACAAGUGGCAAUACAUUGGAACAUAAAUAAAUUGACUUACACAUUCCACCCACUUAUGUUCAAUAUGUCCAAACUAGGGGGAAACUAAGUAAUGUGUACAAUUAAUUGAAAUACAUUUUCUAUAAAACUGAUACAAA